AUGGCCCAAGCUAUGGAUGCCCAUUCAAGCUUUGUAUAUCUCGUCGAUAACCUUCCCACCUGGCGGGCUAGCGUUGAAGCAUUGUCUACCCAUGUUACUGAGAAACAUGCCGAGUUCGCGGCGGAAUAUUCUCGGCUGGUAAACCAAGUCAAACCGAAGCGCAGGAAGUCACCCUCAGUGUCCUCGAUCCAUCCUCAAGACGAGGAACAAGGCGAUGACAAGACUCACACAAUCCAGAGUACUGAUGGCUUGUCUUCACCUGAUCCUAGACAAUUCAAUCCGCUAGAGGCCGGGAACAAAUAUCUAUAUGCACAAGUACGGAGAAAGAGGAAGCCAGGCCCUUCCAUCCGCUCGGGUGCGUCGGGCCCUCAGAAAUUCAGGAACAGGCAUCACGUCGUCGUCUAUUACGAUGGGUAUCUGCAAGAACAGCUCGAUACUAUGGUGAAGCAGAUCGGCAUUGGCCGGAACAACCUGCGGAAAGGGAAAGCUGCACUUGCAGCUGCCAGAGGUUUCCGACUUCCGACGUUAACCGCUCGAACCAGCCAUGGUCUUGCCAUGCUUGACGACAUCAGAAGUUCCAUGGUAUCCCGAAGUACCCCAACCUUACUACCAGCAAAAGGCCGUGUUGCAGCCAACAAGCCGGCUACCUCUGAUGAGGAGGCGAACUUUCUACAAGUGGACAAAGAGCUCGAGCAGAUCCAGACAUUGUGUGAGACGGCGGCGCACCAGUUCCUGCGAGAUGGGGACUGCAAAACCGAACUGGAAUCGAUGUUGCAGAAGUUCGAUGCUCUUCUCGGGCAGGCUUCUGCAGCCGCCGAGGCUUUGAAGAAAGUUCAAGCAGAGAACGAAGAAACCUCGCAAGCUGAUGAUUUUGGUUCGGACUUCAUCAAAGGCUAUGCUGCUUCAGACGGUUCUCUAUCGACUAAACCGUCGGUCGAUCACCUGCCUACGCCCAAAAUCGGCGUCGGCAAAGAUCCGAGUCCUCUUGCGUUUGGCCCACCCUUGGACAGCGUGAAGCCACAUGGGCUUUACAGUGCACCCGAUAUUGUGUCCAAUGACAGCCCAGCCGGUCUGGUGAGCGACACUAUCGAGGUUGAUGACGCCAGUGACCAAGGCUCCAUCGUGUUUGACAUUUCUCAGUAUCGUCUUACGAAUCCCCGACGAGUUCGGCUGUGA